UGAGACGCAGCGCUGUAGCAGCAGAAAGUUUCCUUCUGGAUGUCAUUCUGCUCGCAGCAAAGAUUUGAACAGUUCACGUUGCUUGUUCAUAGCGGAGUAUGAUAUGUGUGCUCAUUCUAACGGACCCGUUAUUUUGACGACACGAGCUCUGGACAGCUUUGGGAAUGAUGAUCGGUAACGAGCGGAGCUCACAGACAUCCAAGCCGCCUCCUCCAGCCUCACCUGCGGCUUUACCGCUCAGCGCGUCCCGCAGAAGAUUCUCCCGGGUCGGGAGGAAACACAGCAAUGGAUCCGUCCAGUCCAGCUCAUCCAGCGGCACGGCCAGAUCAACAGAGAGCGUGGGAAUCCGCCAACCGGCGAAGAACAAGAUCCGGCGUCACCAGCACCGUCUGUCGGCGGUGUUCGGCCGCGGACCCAGAGGAGGUUCUGGAGAGAUGGCCGCUACGGGAGAGGAGGCGCUGGUGACAGACGACCCCUCCGAACUGUCCAAUCACAUCACGGCUCCAGGCAUUCUAAAGAUUUUUGGCACGGAGAUCUGUGAAGGAGCCAACUACAAGAGCAUACUGGCCACCACACGCUCCAGUGCCAGAGAGCUGGUUAAAGAGGCACUCGCCAGAUACUCCCUGAGCAAAGAAGACGCUGAUGACUAUGUGUUAUGUGAUGUGAUCGGCUGUAUUGGAAACCAGUGCUGGAGGACCGAAUGUGUUCGUGUGGUGGGAGACAAUGAGAAGCCGCUGCUGCUGCAAUCGCUCUGGAAACCCAGAGAAGGAUUCGCUCGACGCUUUGAGAUCCAGCGCAAAGCCACUGUAGAAGAAAACAACUCUAAAGACCAGGACACUGUGACCGCUGGUAUAAACGCACAGGCACGUAAGCUGCAGAAGACGCGCUGCAGAGGGAAAUCCGUGCCGCUGGAUGUAUGCGUGAGUGACGACGCCGUGGACAGCAGACACAAUCUGUUUAAGAGUCUCAGUGACACGGAUCUGACAGCUGAAGCUCAAAGCACCUGUACGGAGCGAACGCAGGAGGAGGAUCCAGAGGCCGAGGCCGACAAAGCAACACAGUGUCCUGCUAAUGAACUAUUUACACGGCGUACAUUAAAACCAGAUUUUCCUCGCUCUCCUGACGCAAGCAGAAGUGAGUCAGACGCGGCAGACUGGCCUUCUGGUGCUGACAGACUGAUCCGGGGUCUGGAGCCGCUGGUCCUCUGGAUGUCCAACGCCGUCCAGAUCCUUCACUUCAUCCACCAGCAGGAGGUUCCUCUGCUGCACGGAGUCUCUCAGGAGGAGGAGGAGGAGGAGGAGGAAGACUGCAUUGCGGUGCUGGAGCUGCGGCUCUCCUCCGUGCGCUCGGCCAGUGAGGAGGCCAUGACGGUCCUGGAGGAGGUCCUGAUGUUCACCUUCCAGCAAUGUGUCUACUAUCUCACCAAGAUGCUGUACCCGCUUCUCCCCGGCGUUCUGGACAGUCAUGCGUUCUCCGACAGCGGGCAGCUGCAGGUGUCGUCGCAGGUCAGACGCGUGCUGGACGUCUGCAGUCAGAGUCUGCGUCUGCUCCGAGCGUUCGACGUGCAUCCGGACAUCAGCGCGCAGCUCUUCUCCUACCUCUUCUUCUUCAUCAACGCUCUGCUCUUCAACCUGCUGAUGGAGAGAGGGUCCGGAGGAGCGUUUUACUGCUGGUCCCGUGGAGUCCAGGUCAGGGCCAAUCUGGAUCUGCUGAUGGACUGGGCUCACGGAGCCGGACUCGCGGAUCUGGCUCACACUUACCUUCUCAAGCUCUCCUCGGCCGUCAAUCUGCUGGCCACACCGAAGGAAAACCUUCUGCAGAUGUCGUGGAAGGCUCUGCGGAUGGAGUUCCCGUCUCUGAACGCGGCUCAGCUCCAUCACAUACUGAGAGAGUACGAGCCGCGGCGCUCCUGUCCCGCAGCGUGGACGCCUUCCGGCGACGAGGACGACGCGCUCGCAACCGCUGAUAUCCUGGAGAGCUUCGAUCAGCAUCCUCCUCUCAUCCUCCCAGCCGACGGCUUCAUACUGCAGCUGAGAAGAGCAAUCAGUGAGACGCAGCUCAUUACACAGCUGCACCGCUUCCAGAGAUUCAGCACAGACCCAGAGGCAGCCCCACAUUCCCCACAACCACCUCAGCUGGUCUCGGCAGUGCCGAUGGAGGCCAAGCUCACUAAGAUGGAGCUUCACCCCAAAGCUCAUCUGGAGGUGGGUCACACAGAGAUGGUGAUUCCUCCCGCCGGAGCCAGUGACCUGGGCUCAUGUGAAGCUCUUUUAACCAAAAAGCUUCAGAAUCUUGAGCUUCAGGAUAAAGAUGCGGCCCGUCCGGCGCUGGACCCGUCGUGUUUACUGACCCCGCCGAACACGCCACAGAACCUGGAGCUGACGGACUCCGACACGGAUUCACAGCAGCACACCUCCACAGUCAGACCGGAGGAAGGUGAGAGUGAGGAGAGUGAGAUUAGAGAAGAAGAUGUGUUUGUGCUGGAGCUGCAGAGAGCAGCGUGUGGUUUGGGUCUGAUGCUGGCGGACGGAGAGGAAAGCCCAUCGACUGUGAGUGGGAUUUACAUCAAAUCAGUGCUUCCAGACUCUCCUGCCGCUUUAUCCCAGAGGCUGAGAGCCGGCGACCGCAUUCUAGCAGUGAAUGGACUGAGUCUGGCGGGAGUCGACUAUCAGACUGGCCGGGAUCUCAUUCAGAUGUCAGGAGAAAGGCCUCGGCUGCUGGUUGCCAGAUCUCACAGUGCUACGAAAGAAACGAGGACAAAACCUUCUGCAUAAACCUAGUGUUUAAAAACUCUGCUUUUACCCUUAGAUAGAGUGUGAUGGACAAAACAACAUGACAAAAACAACAUCUGGUUUUAUAUGUACAGGUUGCUUUUUGCCAUUUUUAAUUGUGUGAUCUUUGCAUUUUAUGAUUAAAAAAUAUGGAAAUGAUUAGAAUAAUUCAUGUGUAUGUUAUGUGCUGUCAGAACGGACUGCUUUUUAAUU